CCUGGAGGGAAGCACAUAGAUCAGAGAGGAGUCACAAGAGCAUGGAGCAGUGUCUCAGCUGGCCUAGAGAAUCGAACCCAGGACCUUCUUGCUGCUGUUACACUUCUGUCCAGUAGGGGUGAGAAUAAACCUAAACAUUGUGGAUCAACCAGCUCAGUUCAAACAACAACAAGAGGAAGAAACAGAAGCUAACGUGUUCGUGUUUAAGUGACUCUAUCUUUAAUAAUGCAGUCAGCAGAAGAGGGACACGUCGCCCCCGUGGAUCUAGAAGAUGAAGGAUUCCAGAAGAAACUAAUAAAAAAGGAGGAAGAUGAAGAUGAAAGUUUCUGCUGUGAAGUAUCAUUAAUCCCUCUGGAACUCAUCACCUCUGAUAGACACCUCUCCUCAGUGUACCAAUCACUUGGAGGUGUCCUGCCUCAGAAGAAGGAGGAACCUGAAGAUGAAGAUGAUCUCAGAUUGAACAAGGAUUUCUGCUGCUCCUCGAGUCCACGUUCCUGUACAACCCAAAAUCAUCUCCACAAACACAUCAAGACCCCCCACAGUGUCAAAUAUGAGACCCUGGUGAAGAUUGAGACUGAACAUGAGGAUCUGACGCCCACCAGAAGCUCCAGUGAUCAGCAGACGUCCUCUGGUGCUGUCAGCAUUAACAGCUCUCUCACCAGAGAACAGAACAGAAGGAACGUCUGCUCACAGUGUGGGAGGAGCUUUAGUUAUCCCAGUGCUCUUAAAAGACACCAGCGCAUUCACACUGGAGAGAAACCGUAUCAGUGCUCACAGUGUGGGAAGAGUUUUAAUCAUCAGGGUGAUCUCAAAACACACCAGCGCAUUCACACUGGAGAGAAACCGUAUCAGUGCUCACAGUGUGGGAAAAGUUUUAAUCGCGAGAGUGUUCUCAAAAUACACCAGCGCAUUCACACUGGAGAGAAACCGUAUCAGUGCUUACAGUGUGGGAAAAGUUUUAAUAGCCAGAGUGCUCUCAAAAUACACCAGCGCAUUCACACCGGAGAGAAACCGUAUGUGUGCUCACAGUGUGGGAAGAGUUUUAAUCGCCAGAGUCAUCUCAAACUACACCAGCACAUUCACACCGGAGAGAGACCGUAUCAGUGCUCACAGUGUGGGAAGAGUUUUUAUCAACAGUGUAAUCUCAAGAGCCACCAGCGCAUUCACACUGGAGAGAAACCGUAUCAGUGCUCACAGUGUGAGAAGAGUUUUUAUCAACAGUGUAAUCUCAAGAGCCACCAGCGCAUUCACACUGGAGAGAAACCGCAUCAGUGCUCACAGUGUGAGAAGAGCUUUUAUCGUCAGAGUGAUCUUAAAAGACACCAGCGCAUUCACACAGGAGAGAAACCGUAUCAGUUCUCACAGUGUACUAAGAGUUUUAGUCAACAGAGUGUUCUCAAAAGACAUCAGCGCAUUCACACUAAAGAGAAACCGUAUCAGUGCUCACAGUGUGGGAAGAGUUUUUAUCACCUGAUUUAUCUCAAAAUCCACCAGCGCAUUCACUCUGGAGCAAAACCGAUUCAGUGCUCACAGUGUGGGAAGAGUUUUAAUCAGCAGAGUGAUCUCAAAAGACACCAGCACAUUCACACUUGAUGAAAACCGCGUCAGAGCUCACAGUGUGGGAAUUUUUGUCGAUAAAUUAGUCAGUGAUGUUACCAAGCUAGACAAAACAAAGUUUGUAGAAGUUUUUACUGGUCAUUCACUUCUAGAUCGACUUCAUGUCUGGUGACAAAGGUCAUCAUGGUGCAACAUGAAUUAAGUAGCAGCACUAUAAUAAUUUUUGGGUGUUUAAUGCCAUAAUGGUGGAACAAGGACGUGUUCUGUAAUGCCAUGUUUAGUAAUCAUACAUGCUGUACGUUUUGUCUCUUAUUAUGAAUAAUUGAUGUAAUAUUGAUGUAUUUGAUGUAUGAUGUAGCAUUAAGGUAAGUGAAUAAUAAAACAUUUACUUGAGAUUA